AUGGUUCCUCGGCUAUGCUUGCAGGGGUCUUCGGGAAUUGAGAUCAGAGAGACUGAGAUCAGAUCAGACGGUGAGUAUGAGUUUCACUUCACUCUUCUCCUCGGCUGCGACGUUGUCCCUUUCGCGCUCCUUGAGCGUCGGCUUCUCACUGAUCGCCUCGAUCUCUUUCGAUAACUCGAAGCUCUUCCUGAAAAUGCAAGACUCACGACUCAACAGCACUUUGUUGAAUUAUUAUCAUAUGAGCAGUUCUUACGUGAGCGCCCUCUUCUUCGGCUAGCACUUCGUCGGCUGCGUCGCGCUGGAGACACUGAUCCAGACUUGCUUCUUCCUCGGCGGCUACGGCUUCGACUAGACCUUCUGCUUCUGCGAGAUCCCCCGUGGCACGGCAUGUUAGUAGAUCGACUAGACCUACUCGUUCGGCCUCUUUUAUAUACUCCCAAAAGAUACCACAUGUGUACAUGA